UUGAUGGACGGAAGUGCCGAAAUUACACAGCAGGCAGUAUUUAUCUUGACUGAUGAUUUGUUUGACAGCUUGUGUUUUGAUUAAAAAAUUUUAUUUCAGUGUAGCACGUUAACAGAGAAGACACUGGUCAUGUUUGGGAAGAAACAAAAGAGCCCUAGUCCUAACCCACCGAGGAGAAAAGGGGCGGCUCUGAUGGAGCAGAUGGGUUUGGGUGGCUACUCAGACAUGUCUCAGAUGGAAAAUGACAUGUAUGGGGACCUGGAAAAUGAUCAGGAUUUAGAGGCAGAGCUAGCUAUGCUACAAGGAGAUGACCCACCCCCAAGAACAGCAAGAUCCAAACCUAAACCUCAAAUGGUUGAUUUUUCCGAAUUGGAGAAACUGGCUAAUGCUGAUGUGGAGAUAAAUGAUGAUGAUCUCUCCGACACCGAAGAUCCUGAUUUACUGGCGGAGCUUGAAAACUUGUCAGCAUCAGGUAUAGAGGAGUUAAUAGAUGCCCCCGCUCCUGCAGGAAUCAGCCCUUCAGAGUAUGGUAAACCAGGAACAGAUGUCAUUAUUCGAUUACAAGAUAGGAUCACCAUGUACAAGGAGGCAGUUGAUAAUGCAAAGAGCAACAGUGACACCUCCAAAGAGAGGCGACUUGGCAGGGGUCUAAAGACAUUAGAAGAUAUGUUGAAGAAAGCUAAAUCAGGAAAAGCUAUAGAUGAGUCUGAAAUUCCACCUGUUGUUGCUGUGAAAACAAAGAGUGUUGCUUCAGAUCAGACUCCAGCAGCGUCAGGUUCUGCUUCUGCAUCCUCUGUACCAGACAAUCAACCAAUCAAGCGUCCCUUACCAUCUCCCAAAAAUCGCAGUGCAGAUGGUCAGCCUGGUGUAACUGGAGGGCCACUAUCAUCAGCUAAAGAUAGACAGAUGCACAACAUGUUGUGUACAAGAAGGGACCAAUACAAGCAGGCUGCUCUUGAGGCAAAGAAACAGGGAGACAUGGCCAGGGCGAAGGAGAAUGUUAAAAUAUCCAAGCAAUUUGACACAGUUAUUGGUGCAUUAAAAGAGGGCAAAGCCAUUGAUCUGUCAAAAAUGCCUCCUCCACCUCCAGGCGUUGGACAGAAUGCUGCUCCUAGACUACCUCCUCCAUCCCGUCCUGCACCUCAGCCUUUGUCAGUUAACCCCCCAGAGGUGAGAGUUGAGAGGGCAUCCCAUCAGGCCACAGGGGCUACAGGUGGUGAAGCCGAACCAAUUCCGGAGUACCUUCCCCAGCCAUCUGCUGAAGAGGAGAAACAACUAUUUAAGGCCCCUGAUGCUCCAAGCAGUGUGAUUGAAGCCCUCAACCAAAGACUUGAAAAGUAUAAGUCUGCGGAGGAACAAGCCAAGGCCGAAGGAAACACAAGUAAAGGACGGCGUAUGGGUAGGAUUGUCAAGCAAUAUCAAGACGCAAUAAAAGCUCACAAAGCUGGAAAGCCUGUGAACUAUGAUGAGCUGCCAACCCCUCCAGGCUUUGCACCAAUCCCAUCAGGUUCUACUCCAAGCCCGCCUCAAGGAGCCACAGGAGGAGCAACCUCUGCCCGUCAGGUGUUAUCUCCACCUGGCGUUGCCCCUAAGCCUGGUCCCCCGUCACCUCCAAAGCAGCCUCGGCCAGCAGUAUCACCUGGACAACAGAGAAAGAGAGCUGAUGCAGAGAUAGCCCGGAUAGAAUCUGUCAAGAAAGGCCCUUCUUCCCGAGCAGAGCAACAAGAGGCCUUCUUAAAGGAGAGAAUGGAGGAAUUCAAAGCUGCUGCCAUUGAUGCAAAGAAAAAUGGUGAUAUUGAACUGGCAAAGAAGUAUCUCAGAUUACAUAAGGGCUGUGAACCGAUGUUACAAGCUCUGCAGAGUGGCUUACCAGUAGAUCUUGCACAGGUACCUCCUCCUCCACCUAAGCCGGAUGAGGAAGAUAGUUUUAUGAUUGUUGCCCCUGAGGAUUGUGAACCUGGAGCUGACAGGGAUGAGAUGUAUAAAAAACUGGAACAAGCCCUCAUACAGCAAGUUAGGACCUGUGCUACAAAUAACCAGCAUUAUACAAAAUUAGGAGAUGUGGCAUCUGCAGCAAAAUUUCAAAAAAUGGAGCAAAAUUGCAGAAAGGAUUUGGAUUCCCUGAAGAAUGCUUUUCGUCAUGGAGACCCCGUCCCAAAGUUUCAUUAUGAAACAAAGUCUUUCUCUAUGGUUAGAUCAAAUACAGAUUUGGGAGAGAAUGACUGUGAAAUCCGAGUUGUCCGUGGUAUACAGUAUAAUCCUCCCUCAGGUUAUUCACCAGAAGACGUGAGCACCUAUGUCAAAUGGGAAUUUCCUUUCCCUAAUGAAGAACCACAGUCUGGUCAGACAGAGACCUGUAAGCACACCUGUAACCCAGAAUAUGAUGAACAUUGCAAAUUACAAAUUAACAGAAAAGCAAGAACCUUCGCUAGAGUGGUUGAAAAAAAGGUGCUGAAGUUGGAGGUAUUUUACAAAAGGGGAUUUCUUAAAGGAGAUAAAGUGUUAGGAACAGCUUCACUGAAGUUGCUGCCAUUAGAGUCACAAUGCACAUUGCAUGAGAGUUUGGAUUUAAUGGAAGGAAGGAAAACAAUCGGUGGCAAACUGGAGGUAAAGUUGCGAAUUCGUGACCCAUUGAAGGGGAAGCAAGUAGACGAAGUGAAGGAAAAAUGGCUAGUUAUUGACAAAUUUCUCAGAACUCUUGAUCCAAAGUCUGCCAAGGAUGAAAAGCCACAGAUGAAGAGAUCAAAAAGAGCGUCUCAGUCAUCAAAAGUCUGUGUGCUGUCUUAAGCCUGGAGACAUUGUGCAUGUUAGCUGUAGAGAGCAUGCUGGAUGGUUGGUGGUGGUGGUGCACACAAUCUGAUAUCUUCAUGAUAUCAAAUAAUAAAAAAGUUACAAGUGGUUGCAGAACAAGACACUUCAUGCAGUAGUGAACUUUUCCCAUAAAUGGCUCUGUUUUGCACACUGAGCCUACAGUUGAGCAUGUUUUUUUUUGUAAAGACACAGGCAAAAGAGUCUAGAGUGAGUUGUGUGUUAUUUAUCAAAUUAUAGAAUAUCGCAGAGACAUUUGAGUUUAUCUCAAGGAAAGGCUAAUAAUUUGGGUAUUUUAAUUGAGGGUAGAAAUACAUGUGGAAGCUAAAGAGAACAGCAACAUACUCAUUGCAAAUUAUUUAAUUCUAGAAAGUGAGCCAGCCUGCUUAAGUCUGUAUUGGUGAAAUCAUGAGCUGAUGGUUCAGUAUUAAAUUAUAUACAAAAAUGAAUUAAUUGCACAUUGUAAUUUUUUUACAAAAUCUUGUCAAAGUGAACGUUUUUUGCGCUGUAAAAAUACACAGUAUUACCUGACUACAAAGAUGUGAUAGGGAAAAGUAAUGUGAAUGUGCUUUUAUAAGAGCAUUUUAUUAAAGCGCAUAUGUGACAGAUAUAUAUAUAUAAGGAUUGGCAAAAAUAUUCAUGCAGAACUGUUACAGUAAAAGUUUCAGUAAAUUUUAGAUAUAUUGUGGAAAAUAUGUAUGUUACCAGUAUCUAAAAUUUGUAUAGAAUUUUGUUGUAUCUGUGAUAUUUUAUGUUGUUUUGCAGUUGAUUGUGAUAUUCUGCCUACAGCAGGUAUUUUUAAUUCUCCCCUGUUUGUGUCAGCAGAGAAAGACAUACAAAAAUCAGGCAAAAAUGCAAUAACUUAAAUGAAAAUUUACAGGUUCAAGUUGUUUAAAUAUCUCAUACGAUUGGUUUCGUGAAUGGCUUCAGAGUUGCAAUAUUAUAACAUGAACUUCAAACUCCACAACAUCCAACACUAUAGAGAGUAAAAUACAUUGUUUUUAAAAUUUAUUUACGCUUGACAGAUGAACUUUUGAUGAAACCUUGUCUUAACUACAUUAAAUUUACAAUUACGUACCAUAAAAGUAUUCAUUUUUGUAUUUAUAUGUUUUUGAUGUAAUGUAUCAUUUUUGAUUAACUAUUUGUAAAUUUAGUUUUACAUUUAUCUGCAUUAUACUUGCAGCUAUUGACUGAGGGUUAUAGUUUUGACCCUGAUAUCCGUCCAAGUAGUAUUUAAGAGCUAGUCCAUUUCCACAGCCCAUAGUGUUAAAAAAUAGUUAAAUGAUUGUGGUUGAGAUAAUAUGUAUUGUUUAUCAUGAAUUAUAAACUGUUUCGGUGGACUGAUGAUUAGAGCGUCUGUCUCGAAGUCAAGAGACCUCGGGAUCACACCCUGGCAAGGUGAUAUCACAAACUUCAAAAAUAGUACUUGGGUGACUGGUUGAAUCCAGAGUCAGUAUAAUGUGACUGUUUGAGGUGUCAUGCCGGGUGUUUUUGGCAUGAUAUUUCAGUGGCGGCAGCACUUUGGCAGCAUGGACUGUCCUUCCACAGGAAGACACAAUACAUGAACACACACACGUAAUGAUUCCUCGUCGUCAUCUGAAAAAUUGUUAAAGGCCUGCUCAAACACAACAAUUGUACGUCCGAUUUUACUUCAGGCUAAUUGUAUGCGACUUUAUCGUGCUGUACGUAUGAGCAGGAAACAAAUAUGCGACUUUAUCAUGCUGUGUGAGCGGAAAAUGUUGACUUAAACACUCUUCUGUCCGAUCAUUCGAUUCGCUUUCAACUGAGUUGGAUGAAAUAGAGCCUGUUCCAUAUUUUAUGGAAAGGAAAGGAGGAUUGACCAAUCAAAUGAUCUUGGCAGAUACUACUGAAAACUUCAUCAAAGUGAAUAAAAAUGAUCAAAAAUGAUCCGUUUUGAAAAGAGUGUAUGAACAGGAACCUAAGACAAAGUAGGCUGUGAAGUCUGUGUAUUGUGCUGGAUCUCGACAUGUCAGGUAAAUCAUAUUUUUUUGAUAUACUAAUUGGCUUUGACUUUUUAGACUGGCCUGCUACUGAGUGCCACUGAACACCCUGUUUUUGUUAGUACUAGCGGUUGAUGUAUAUUGUUGUAAUGUUAUUGCAAGUGAACUUAUCUUCAGAUAAAAAAAAUCCCAGUGUUCAGUGAUGUGAAAUAUUCGCUGAAUACUGAUGUACCUAAGUCACACUGACAACUUGUCAGUUUUACGAUGAAAUUUAUAUAGGCUGAAUUUAUCAAUAUCUGGCCAGUUUCUUUGUAGAAAAGAUGACAUGUGAAAUACAUUAAUAAGCUUAUUAUAUAAUAAAUUCUAUUUCUCGAUAUUUAAUAUAAAUGAUCAGAAAGAAUGUACAGUCAUUUUCUCAUAUAUGUAAUUCAUUUUUAUCUAGUAUUAAAGAUAUUUUAGUUCCAGUUACUCGUUAAACGAUAAGUUCAAUUUCAAACGAAGAUGUUAAAUUUUCAGAUGAAUCUGUCAAGCAGACGAAGGCUCAAAUCAACAAUCUUAGAACAACCUAUGGCCAGGAACAUAAUAACAUGAAGUUGUCAAAGAAGUUGUCAUUCAGACCUUAUCACUAUAGCUAAGCACAUCACAAAAAUAUAAUGCUUAUAGAUGACCAAUAGUACUGUAGUUCAGCCUUUUCUUAAAGCAUUAUUCUGUGUUGACUGAUAAAAUUAUACCUUUGUAAAGCCCUGAAACUGGCCAAUCCUACCAAUGUAAUAUUGUCAAAAAUGUGCAUAAAUUGCUCUUUCAUAGGCAAAAUUGUUGAGGAAUUAGGAGAUAUUUAUACCACUACAAAGUAAAGAAAUAGAUCCAUUCUUCCCCACUUGUUGAUUUACAAGAUACAUUAUGUAAGCUUUGUAAAUGUUGGUCAUGUUUGUCUAUCUUAAAUAUAAUAUCUUGGCAUACAAGUGAUUUAUUUUGUUAGACAAUUGUGGUCUUAAAUGAAAUUGAUGCUGAUGUGUAAAAUUCUUACCGAAAAAAAAAAUGUAAUUAAAGCUACCUCGAACAUUAUUCACAGAUAUUUUUUAUUCUAACUUAUUUAUACUUUAAUAAUCAUUAGACUUAUACUGAGGGAAAUAUCAGUUUUCCGCUGGGCCAUACAUUUCCUCCCACCCAUAAUGCUGGCCACUUUUGUAUGAGUGAAAUACCUGAGUAUGGUGGAAAUAAAGAAAUAAAUUUUUAACCAGUAUGCAACUUUUCUUUUUACCUUUUAGGUAAGUUGACUAUCAAUAAUUGCACAGCAUGUCUCAUUGAUAAUGGUGCUGAUUGUGUUGUCUGGUACUGUGUACAGAUACAUCAGCUCUUUAAAGGUACAGCCUAGAAAUAAAAAUGCAUCCCAAUUCAGAUAUGGAUCGUUUAAUGUAAAAAGAUCAGUUAAUGAAAGUCGCAAGUGCGAAAUAGGCGAAAUAGUCUUCGCUGUCGAAGUUGAAGUUGACAGCUGUCAGAUAAGCCAUUUUGAUUUAUUACUUGUCACACGAUAAACUGGACGCUUCUUCGAAUUUUCAGAUCAAAAAUCGGUGUGUGUGUGAGCACGUGAUGUUGAAAGCAGCUUUCGACCCAACAUUCAACCAAAACCAUACAAUAAUCAGAAAGAAAAAUUGGACCAAAAAACGACGUUGUGUCUGAGCCGGUCUUUAGUAUGACGUUAAACCCCAUGCAUACAUACACUUACAUACAUACAUUUACAUACAUCAGUUAUUACCAACUAGUAGACUAACCAAUUCCAUCCUGUUGUUAAGAGGCAAGACUAUCAGGUUUUUGUACCUCCUUCACUCUUCCAGUUGGUUUGGGCCAGAGGACACAGGUGACCCCAAUUCCUGUCAGUGUCCUUCCUGGGCAUGGUACAUUUGUGUCAGCCCAGUUUGAUAAGACAAGGUUCAUUUAUGCAAAACCCAUCAAAGCUUCUCAACUUCAACCACAAUUUAAAUCAUGGCAAUGACAGGAAUCUCCAAGGAGAGGCUUUAAACUGGACACUCGCAUUUUUUUAUUUUCCACAUGCCAAAAGGAAGAUGUGUUGGAAAUUUGUACUAUGUACAAAACUUUGUAUAGCUUUCGCGCCCCAAAACAG